CUGUUUUUAAUCGCAUUUUAACGCACAUACUAAGGGCACACGUGCUGCUCUUUGUAUCGCUCCAUAUUUUUACACAGAUUUUUAUACACUGGCAGUAGAAACAUGUGCUCUUCAGCGGUGGUUGUGGACAGAGGAUGUGGUGUUUGGCUGCUCGGCGGGCUCUUGCUGCUGCUUUCGCUCUCCGGUUGCUCCAGCAUGGAUGUGCUUGUGCCCAGUACCAUCAAUGCACUCAAUGGAACCACCGUCAAAAUCCCCUGCACUUUCACUUCCUGUUACAAAAUGGAUGCCACCAAAUUCGCCAUGAACUGGACCUACCAGGAGACGCGCAACGACACAGAGGAGAUGUUCAUGACGUACUACAAGAAGAAGGGGAUGGUGGCACUGCGCUCGGACCGCUUUGGGGACAGGGUGAUGUUUGCGGGGAACCUGGACAAGAACGACCUGUCCAUCACACUCUCAGACGUACAGCUGGAGGACGAAGGCAUCUACAACUGCUAUGUUCGCAACCCCCCUGACCGCAUCCAGGGUCAGGGGGUCAUCCACCUCACUGUGGUCACAGAACUUCCACCUCCCAGAGACUCGACCAUAGCCGUUGCCAUAGGAGCGUCAGUGGGCGGGGCAUUAGCGCUGCUCAUACUGUCAAUGGUGGUGGUGAAAUGUCUGCGCCGACACCGUAAACAGGAGCUGAUAUCAGAAGAGAAGAUGGAGGAGGAGGGCAAGCUAGAAGCAGAGGGGGUGGCAGAGGAGGAGACCAAGCAGCCUUAACAGUACCAAGCUGAGCCAAUGGCCGAUGGAUGACCAAACCUCUCAACCUGAUCCUCUCCCUGAAGCUGUUUAGUAACCACUGCUUGAUCCUCUUAUCAACGACCAUAGAGCCAUUAGCAUGUGUGUCAGUCACCAUUGUGCUUCCAUAACUGUGUGUGUGGGGAAACUCAACUGUGCAACUGUGCAUUUCUAUAGAACAAGUCUAAUGUCUUUUAUAACACAGGCCAGGGACCAUUUGUGCAAAUAUGUACACACAGUUAGCUGAGGUGCUGUACAUCAGACCGAGCCGGACAAGAAGAAUUAGCAAUAUCACAACUCCACAGUUUCUAGUUUUGAUAUGAUGUUCGUAGUCCUAACAGGUCGUGAUAUUGAAAG